CUCAGCCCGCGGAGCAUGCUGGGAGCCACCAAUGCUGCGGCAGCUUCUGAGCGCGCGGCGGGGUCCAGCGCCCAGGCGAGCUGGAGACACCCUGAUAACGAGGCUGCUGCGGCACCGAGAGGGCCGGCCCGGGGUCGGCGCGACACCUUUAGAACAGGUCGUUUCACCGUUAACUUCCUCUGAUGAGUAAUUUUUUAAAAAAAGUAAUUAACCGACCAUUAUCACACCUAGAAAAGUUAAGGUAAUUCCUUCAUAGCACCUAAUAUUCAGUCUACUUCAAAUUUCCUUAUUUCAGAAAUUCCUUAUUACAGUCGAAUUGUAGAGAUCCAAACAAGGUCCCACGUCGUAUUCGGUUGUUACGACCCUGGGUCUCUGUUGUCCUCUAAUUGCCCUCGCCUCGUUUUUCUUCAUGUCAUUCAUAUACUGAGGGAUAUUUGCCGUGUGGAAUUUCGCAGAUCUUGGGAUUUGGCCCAUUACUUACUGAUGGUGUCGUUUGUUUCUCUAGCCUCCGUGUUUCUUGAAAAUUUAUAGUUAGGGGUAAUGGACUCAUUAACUCUGGUUCAGUUGUGUUGUGUUUUGUUUUGAAGCCCGCACGGCUUCAAACACAGUGGUAGGGUGCGUGCUUACUGCACCUCAGCAAGAGUCGUGUAUCCGCUCGCUGUCCCGGUGUGAGUGAUGCCUACCCCUGACCUGUGGGUGCAGGUGGGGUCAGCCGUCUGACCCCUCACACUAUAAAGUCUCCCAGAAAUCUUUCCUUUAAUGAUUUUAGGAUACACCCAUGAACAAUCCAAAUAGAAUGUCUGGUCUGGUGGUUUGCUUGCUUUUUGUUUUGUUUUGAGGACACGUUGUAAUUGUACAUAUUUAUGGGGUGCAGUUUGAUGUUUUGAUACAUAUCUAUGUUGUAUAAUGAUCCAAUCAAGGUAGUGUAUCCACCAUCUCAUGCAUUUAUCCUUUCUUUGUGGUGAGAACAUUCAGUAACCUCUCUUCUAGUUAUUUUGUGGUAUACAAAAUUUUACUGUUAACCAUUUUCACCCUACCGUGCAAUAGAGAAUCAGAAUUUUUUCCCUCUUCAAUUGUACCUUUGUACCCAUUAACCAGUGUUUAUAAACAAACAUUGUGAGUUUGUGAGUUAUAAGUUUACUUGUGAGUUAUAAGGAUGUAACCCCUGGCCUAUGGUGGCCAAGUUCUGUAUCCCAUGGAAGAGAAUUGAGAGAAUAAUAAGAUCAGGGAAAGAAAUUAGGAAAGAGUGUUGAUGUCAUUUGAGUCUCUGGAUCAUUUGAUCCCAUGACCAGGUGCUUUCCAUAGUUGUUUGGUUACUUGUUCUAACAAAUUACUUUUAUUAGGCUAGAUUAAAGUUGUUUUUGCCAAAUGCAAGUAUGAGAUCUUAAACAUUUUUGAGUUUAGCAUGUCUUCACACUGCACACGUGCAACAUUAAAACAUUAUUGGCUUCCGCUAAACUCAAAAAUAUUUAAGAUCCCGUAUUUGCAUUUUGACAAAAACAAUUCUAGUGUUAGUACCCGUUGUUAAGCAUAUAUGAAUUUCCAAUCAAGUUUUUUUUUUUAGGAGGAAAUGGUGUUCUUUAUCACAUCCUUAUAGGAAAGUUAUGAGAAAGGCCACAUUUGGUGAUGUGACACAAUUGAAAGUCAAAAACCACAGGUCAUUUCCUCUUCAGGAAUUUUGCUCUAAUUAAAAAGAAGAAGAAAGUCAUCCUAAAUCCUCACAUCCUCUUUAGCAAGGAACAGAUGAGUCAUUUAGAACCACAGCAACAACCAGCGUCACCUGGUGUGAAAUUGGUGAACUCCAGGUUCUGCUCCCUCUGAGGAUUUUACCUAAUGUUAAAGAGAAUGAGAAGAAAUACUCUUUAUACGUUAUAAAACUAUGCUAAUAGUAGCCAGCAGGGAAAUUGACCUAUAAAUACUCUGAGCACAUUAAGGCCCUGGACCAUCCUGUAUUCUCCAUUGCUCUUUUUAACAGAAAAAUAUAAAUCCAAACCUUUAGCGUUUGGGAGUCAAACUUUUCCCUGUUCUUGAAGAUGCUUCUGAGGGGUGUGUCCUGUGGUAUGGAGACAUGAUUAUCCAUCUGUGAAGAGAGAACAGAGGAGACAAAAAGGAAAAAGAAGAUAAACAUAUACACCUGGCCCAGGAACUGGAGCAGCUGAAGGAAGAUCCAUGGGAAAGUAGAGCAAGCUGUAGGCCCAGCUGCUGCUUCACACCAAUGAAGUGCAACAGCAGAGAUAAGCAGCAACCUGUGGCUUCCGUAUUGUCUCAGGCUCCACUGGAAAUGCAGCAAGGAUUCCUAGCACAUCCCAGUUGCCAUAGCAACAGCAGUCUUUCCCAUAAUGAGCUGCAUCAUCUGAACUGAUGUCACAGCAUCAUGCAGCAGGUCAAACAAGGCAUCUCCUAGUAUUGCAUCCUACAGAUGUGCUGUAAACAUCAAAAGAAGACGGUGGGAUCAGGAGAUGCUGUUUUGGAAAGAAGUGAGGUUUAGACUUCUCCAUGUUAACCAUGAGCGUGACACUUUCCCCCCUGAGGUCACAGGACCUGGAUCCCAUGGCUACUGAUGCUUCACCCAUGGCCAUCAACAUGACACCUACUGUGGAGCAGGGUGAGGGAGAAGAGGCAAUGAAGGACAUGGACUCUGACCAGCAGUAUGAAAAGCCACCCCCACUACACACAGGGGCUGACUGGAAGAUUGUCCUCCACUUACCUGAAAUUGAGACCUGGCUCCGGAUGACCUCAGAGAGGGUCCGAGACCUAACCUAUUCAGUCCAGCAGGAUUCGGACAGCAAGCAUGUGGAUGUACAUCUAGUUCAACUAAAGGACAUUUGUGAAGAUAUUUCUGAUCAUGUUGAGCAAAUCCAUGCCCUCCUUGAAACAGAGUUCUCCCUAAAGCUGCUGUCUUACUCUGUCAACGUGAUAGUGGACAUCCACGCAGUGCAGCUCCUCUGGCACCAGCUUCGAGUCUCAGUGCUGGUUCUGCGGGAGCGCAUUCUGCAAGGUCUGCAGGACGCCAAUGGCAACUACACUAGGCAGACGGACAUUCUGCAAGCUUUCUCUGAAGAGACAAAAGAGGGCCGGCUUGAUUCUCUAACAGAAGUGGAUGACUCAGGACAAUUAACUAUCAAAUGUUCUCAAAAUUACUUGUCUCUGGAUUGUGGCAUUACUGCAUUCGAACUGUCUGACUACAGUCCAAGUGAGGAUUUGCUCAGUGGGCUAGGUGACAUGACCUCUAGCCAAGUCAAAACCAAACCCUUUGACUCUUGGAGCUACAGUGAGAUGGAAAAGGAGUUCCCUGAGCUUAUCCGAAGUGUUGGGUUACUUACAGUAGCUGCUGACUCUAUCUCUACCAAUGGCAGUGAAGCAGUUAUUGAGGAGGUAUCUCAAGUUUCUCUCUCAGUAGACGACAAAGGUGGAUGUGAGGAAGACAAUGCUUCUGCAGUUGAAGAGCAACCAGGCUUAACACCGGGGGUGUCAUCAUCUUCAGGAGAAGCUCUGACAAAUGCUGUUCAACCCUCCUCUGAGACUGUGAAGCAAGAAUCCAGUUCCUCCUCCCAUCUUGAUGUAAAGAAUCAGCAGCCUGUUCCUUGUGAAAAUGCAACCCCCAAGCGAACCAUCAGAGAUUGCUUUAAUUAUAACGAGGACUCUCCCACACAGCCUACAUUGCCAAAAAGAGGACUUUUUCUUAAAGAGGAAACUUUUAAGAAUGAUCUGAAAGGCAAUGGUGGAAAGAAGCAAAUGGUUGAUCUAAAGCCUGAGAUGAGCAGAAGCACCCCUUCGCUAGUAGAUCCUCCUGACAGAUCCAAACUUUGCCUGGUGUUGCAGUCUUCCUACCCCAACAGCCCUUCUGCUGCCAGCCAGUCUUACGAGUGUUUACACAAGGUGGGGGAUGGGAAUCUUGAAAACACAGUCAAAUUUCACAUUAAAGAAAUUUCUUCCAGCCUGGGAAGGCUUAACAACUGCUAUAAAGAGAAAUCUCGACUUAAAAAGCCACACAAGACCUCAGAAGAGGUGCCUCCAUGCCAAACACCUAAACGGGGAACUGGUUCAGGCAAACAAGCUAAAAAUACAAAGAGCUCAGCAGUGCCAAAUGGAGAGCUUUCUUGUACUUCCAAGGCCAUAGAGGGGCCACAAACAAAUUCUGCUUCCACAUCCUCACUUGAGCCUUGUAAUCAGAGAAGUUGGAAUGCCAAAUUGCAAUUGCAGUCAGAAACAUCCAGUUCACCACCUUUUACUCAGAGCAGUGAAUCCUCUGUUGGCUCAGACAACAUCAUGUCUCCGGUGCCACUUCUUUCAAAACACAAAAGCAAAGAAGGUCAUGCCUCCUCUCCAAGUCACGUCACUAGGAAUGGUCAGGUUGUGGAGGCCUGGUAUGGCUCUGAUGAAUACCUAGCACUGCCCUCUCACCUUAAGCAGACAGAAGUGUUGGCUUUGAAGUUGGAAAACCUAACAAAGCUUCUGCCUCAGAAACCCAGAGGAGAAACCAUCCAGAAUAUUGAUGACUGGGAACUGUCUGAAAUGAAUUCAGAUUCUGAGAUCUAUCCAACCUAUCAUGUCAAAAAGAAGCAUACAACGCUAGGCAGGGUGUCUCCAAGCUCAUCUAGUGACAUAGCCUCUUCACUAGGGGAGAGCAUUGAAUCUGGGCCCCUGAGUGACAUUCUUUCUGAUGAGGAGUCCAGUAUGCCUCUCACUGGCAUGAAAAAGUAUGCUGAUGAGAAGUCAGAAAGAGCUUCAUCCUCUGAGAAAAAUGAGAGCCAUUCUGCCACUAAAUCAGCUUUAAUUCAGAAACUGAUGCAAGAUAUUCAGCACCAAGACAACUAUGAAGCCAUAUGGGAAAAAAUAGAGGGGUUUGUAAACAAACUGGAUGAAUUCAUUCAAUGGUUAAAUGAAGCCAUGGAAACUACGGAGAAUUGGACUCCCCCUAAAGCAGAGAUGGAUGGCCUUAAACUGUAUCUGGAGACACACUUGAGUUUUAAGUUGAAUGUAGACAGUCAUUGUGCUCUCAAGGAAGCUGUGGAGGAGGAAGGACACCAACUUCUUGAGCUUAUUGCAUCUCACAAAGCAGGACUGAAGGACAUGCUGCGGAUGAUUGCAAGUCAAUGGAAGGAGCUGCAGAGGCAAAUCAAACGGCAGCACAGCUGGAUUCUCAGGGCUCUGGAUACCAUCAAAGCCGAGAUACUGGCUACUGAUGUGUCUGUGGAGGAUGAGGAAGGGACUGGAAGCCCCAAGGCUGAGGUUCAACUAUGCUACCUGGAAGCACAAAGAGAUGCUGUUGAGCAGAUGUCCCUCAAGCUGUACAGCGAGCAGUAUACCAGCAGCAGCAAGCGAAAGGAAGAGUUUGCUGAUAUGUCAAAAGUUCAUUCAGUGGGAAGCAAUGGGCUUCUGGACUUUGAUUCAGAAUAUCAGGAGCUCUGGGAUUGGCUGAUUGACAUGGAGUCCCUUGUGAUGGACAGCCACGACCUGAUGAUGUCAGAGGAGCAGCAGCAGCAUCUUUACAAGCGAUACAGUGUGGAAAUGUCCAUCAGACACCUGAAAAAGACGGAGCUGCUUAGUAAGGUUGAAGCUUUGAAGAAAGGUGGCGUUUUACUACCAAAUGAUCUCCUUGAAAAAGUGGAUUCAAUUAAUGAAAAAUGGGAACUGCUUGGGAAAACCCUAGGAGAGAAGAUCCAGGACACAAUGGCAGGGCACAGUGGGUCGAGUCCACGUGACCUGCUCUCUCCUGAAAGCGGAAGCCUGGUAAGGCAGCUGGAGGUCAGGAUCAAAGAACUGAAAGGGUGGCUAAGAGAUACAGAGCUUUUCAUCUUCAAUUCCUGUCUGAGACAAGAAAAGGAAGGAACAAUGAAUACUGAGAAACAACUGCAAUACUUUAAGUCCCUCUGUCGUGAAAUCAAGCAACGACGUCGAGGAGUUGCCUCCAUUCUGCGACUAUGCCAGCAUCUUUUGGAUGACCGGGAGACUUGCAAUCUGAAUGCAGACCACCAGCCCAUGCAGCUGAUCAUUGUAAAUCUUGAAAGAAGGUGGGAAGCCAUUGUCAUGCAAGCCGUCCAGUGGCAAACACGUCUACAAAAGAAGAUGGGAAAGGAAUCUGAGACUUUGAAUGUGAUUGAUCCUGGCUUGAUGGACCUAAAUGGAAUGAGUGAGGAUGCCCUGGAAUGGGAUGAAAUGGACAUAAGUAACAAGUUAAUUAGUUUGAAUGAGGAAUCAAGUGACCUUGAUCAAGAACCCCAACCUGUUAUCCCUUCCUUGAAGCUUGGAGAGACAAAUAAUGAGGACCCUGGUUAUGACGAGGAGGCUGAUAACCAUGGGGGAUCUCAGUAUGCCUCAAAUAUUACUGCCCCGUCUAGUCCACACAUUUACCAGGUGUACAGCCUCCACAAUGUUGAACUCUAUGAGGACAACCACAUGCCAUUUCUGAAAAACAACCCAAAGGUCACUGGCAUGACACAGCCUAAUGUUUUAACUAAGAGUCUCAGUAAAGACUCUUCAUUUUCAUCUACCAAAUCUUUGCCAGAUCUUCUAGGCGGUUCCAAUUUGGUAAAGCCCUGCGCAUGUCAUGGAGGAGACAUGAGCCAGAAUUCAGGCAGUGAGAGUGGAAUUGUCAGUGAAGGAGACACAGAAACCACUACCAACUCUGAAAUGUGCUUGCUCAAUGCAGUGGAUGGGUCCCCAAGUAACCUUGAAACUGAACAUCUGGACCCACAAAUGGGAGAUGCAGUUAACGUGUUAAAGCAAAAAUUUAAAGAUGAGGGGGAAUGCAUUAAGCUUCCAAAUAGCUCUCAGUCGUCCAUUUCACCAGUGGGUUGUGUAAAUGGAAAAGUUGGAGAUUUAAACAGUGUUACCAAACAUACCCCUGAUUGUUUGGGAGAAGAAUUACAAGGAAAACAUGAUGUGUUUACAUUUUAUGAUUACUCAUACCUCCAAGGCUCAAAACUCAAAUUACCAAUGAUAAUAAAACAGUCACAAAGCGAAAAAGCACAUGUGGAGGAUCCCCUGCUUCGUGGUUUUUAUUUUGAUAAAAAAUCAUGCAAAUCUAAACAUCAGACUACAGAGUUACAACCAGAUGUACCUCCCCAUGAAAGGAUUUUGGCAAGUGCAUCUCAUGAAAUGGAUCGCAUUUCAUAUAAAAGUGGCAAUAUAGAAAAGACAUUCACUGGCAUGCAGAAUGCCAAACAGCUCUCCCUUUUAUCUCAUAGUUCAUCUAUUGAGUCCCUUUCUCCAGGGGGUGAUUUAUUUGGAUUGGGCAUCUUUAAAAAUGGCAGUGACAGCCUCCAGCGAAGCACUUCUUUAGAAAGUUGGUUGACGUCCUAUAAAAGCAAUGAAGAUCUUUUUAGCUGUCACAGCUCUGGGGAUAUAAGCGUGAGCAGUGGCUCAGUUGGUGAACUAAGUAAAAGAACAUUAGAUCUCCUGAAUCGUUUGGAGAAUAUCCAGAGCCCCUCAGAGCAAAAGAUAAAGCGAAGUGUUUCUGAUGUCACUCUUCAAAGCAGUUCCCAAAAGAUGUCUUUUACUGGCCAGAUGUCAUUGGACAUAGCAUCUUCUAUCAAUGAAGACUCAGCGGCAUCUCUAACCGAACUUAGCAGCAGUGACGAGCUCUCUCUUUGCUCAGAGGAUAUUGUGUUACACAAGAACAAGAUCCCGGAAUCGAAUGCAUCGUUCAGGAAGCGUCUGACUCAUUCAGUGGCUGAUGAAAGCGAUGUCAACGUCAGCAUGAUUGUUAAUGUCUCUUGCACCUCUGCUUGCACUGAUGAUGAAGAUGACAGCGACCUGCUCUCCAGCUCUACCCUUACCUUGACUGAAGAAGAGCUGUGCAUCAAAGACGAGGAUGAUGACUCCAGUAUUGCAACAGAUGAUGAAAUUUAUGAAGACUGCAACUUGAUGUCAGGGCUAGACUACAUAAAGAAUGAAUUACAGACCUGGAUUAGGCCAAAAUUGUCUUUGACAAGAGAUAAGAAAAGGUGCAAUGUCAGUGAUGAGGUGAAGGGCAGUAAAGAUGUAAGUAGCAGUGAGAUGACCAAUCCCUCUGAUACUCUGAAUAUUGAGACCCUUCUAAAUGGCUCUGUAAAAUGUGUCUCUGAAAAUAAUGGAAAUGGUAAGAAUUCAUCUCAUACCCAUGAGUUAGGGACAAAGGGUGAAAAUAAGAAAACUAUUUUCAAAGUUAAUAAAGAUCCAUAUGUCGCUGACAUGGAAAAUGGCAAUAUUGAAGGUAUUCCAGAAAGGCAAAAGGACAAACUGAAUGGGACUUCAAAGGUAUCAGAAAAUCUUGGUUCAAAUGGGAAAGAGAUUUCAGAGAGUGAGCAUUGUAAGUGUAAAGCACUUAUGGAUAGUUUAGAUGAUUCAAAUACUGCUGGCAAGGAAUUUGUUUCCCAAGAUGUUAGACAUCUUCCAAAGAAAUGUCCAAAUCACCACCAUUUUGAAAAUCAAAGCACUGCCUCUACUCCCACUGAGAAGUCUUUCUCAGAACUGGCUUUAGAAACCAGGUUUAACAACAGACAAGACUCUGAUGCGCUGAAAUCAUCUGAUGAUGCACCAAGUAUGGCUGGAAAAUCUGCUGGUUGUUGCCUAGCACUUGAACAAAACGGAACAGAGGAAAAUGCUUCUAUCAGCGAUAUUUCCUGUUGCAACUGUGAGCCAGAUGUUUUCCAUCAAAAAGAUGCCGAAGAUUGUUCAGUACACAACUUUGUUAAGGAAAUCAUUGACAUGGCUUCGACAGCCCUAAAAAGUAAAUCUCAACCUGAAAACGAGGUGGCUGCUCCUACUUCAUUAACUCAAAUCAAGGAGAAAGUGUUGGAGCAUUCUCACCGGCCCAUCCAGCUGAGAAAAGGGGACUUUUAUUCAUACUUAUCUCUCUCAUCUCAUGACAGUGAUUGUGGGGAGGUCACCAAUUACAUAGAAGAGAAAAGCAGCACUCCAUUGCCGCUAGACACCACUGACUCGGGCUUAGAUGACAAGGAAGAUAUUGAAUGCUUUUUUGAGGCCUGUGUUGAGGGUGACUCUGAUGGAGAGGAGCCUUGUUUCUCUAGUGCUCCUCCAAAUGAAUCUGCAGUUCCCAGCGAAGCUGCAAUGCCACUACAAGCAACAGCAUGUUCUUCUGAGUUCAGUGAUAGUUCUCUUUUAGCUGAUGAUGCAGAUACAGUGGCUGUUUCAAGUCCUUCCUCUCAGGAAAGAGCUGAGGUUGGAAAGGAAGUGAAUGGUUUGCCCCAAACUUCCAAUGGCUGUGCAGAAAACUUAGAGUUUACUCCUUCAAAGCUUGACAGUGAAAAGGAAAGUUCCGGAAAACCAGGUGAAUCUGGAAUGCCAGAAGAACAUAACGCUGCUUCAGCCAAAUCUAAAGUUCAAGACCUCUCCUUGAAGGCAAAUCAGCCAACAGACAAGGCUGCAUUGCAUCCCAGCCCCAAAACUUUAACCUGUGAAGAAAAUCUUCUAACCCUUCAUGAAGAACGACAUAGAAACAUGCAUAGGUAGAAUGUACCCCCUCCCCAAGCAUGAAAAUCAUCUCACUGAAAGAUACGCCUGGCUGCAACUCAGGGGUGGCCUCAUCCUCCCGCCCUGGGCUGGUCUCUGGUUCCAUCACGUUUGUCACUGCCGUUUAUUACAUUGACUUCUCCCAAGAUGAAUCUUCCUUCCAAAUGUGUUUUCUCCACAUGAGCCUUGUGAUCUGAAUGUGUGCGCUGGUUCUCUUUAGGUGAUCGUCUUUGAAGUUCGGCAAAGCUGCUUGUUCUCCCAUGGAUUCCUGUCCCAAGCUACCUCUACCAACCCUCUCUCUCCAGCUAGACUUUUCUCUUUGCCUCCUCCCCUCCCUUCCACUCUUUAAAGUUCUGCAGUUCACCAACUGGUGGUCCAUUAAAUUCUCCUGUCUAGAAUGACCCCCCACCAGUACUUGACCAAUUUCAUGUUUCAAUCUGGAUUUUUUUUUAAUGGUAUAAUGACUGUGUUUAUUGAAGGAGUUUUACCUAAAAAGCCAACAUUUGAAUUGAUUGCAGCAUAGAGAAGAAACACUGGUCCUUCUUUCAAAAUUAAGCAACUAUUAAAAGCGCCAUUUUAUUUAUUUCAUUUAAAAAAUAAUCUAUGCAGCAUUUCAAGAAACAACCAUAUGGUGUUGUAUAUUAUAAACUGAUGACGUUCUACUAUUGAAUUAUGUACAACAUUUUCAUUUUUUAUGCUUCUUGAGGUGGUAAUGAGAAAAAAGUUUUUUAAAAAAGUGUGCCUUGCUGUAUUUCUUAUACCAUUUAUUAAAAAGCUGCUUUCACGGUAAAAUUAUGUUGGUUUGAAAGGAGGAAAUAGCAAGGUUAAGAUGUGUGAAUAAUUUCUGUAUAUAUGUAUAACCAAGUACAAACAUUGAUGUAUAAUGACAGUAUAAAAUGCUUUCAUGUUUGUGAUGUCUAGUGGUGUGGAAAAUAUAAGCCUUAAAUCCAUUAGAUUGCAUGGUAAUUAAAAUUGGCAUAAUAAACACAGAUUAUUGGGGGAAAAGGAAAAUUAGUGAUCUCUUCUACUAUGUUCUUUACCAAAUUGUUGCAUCUGGCUCUGAAAAAGUAUAGCAUGUAGCAGCUUCCAAACAUAUUCAUAUUGCUUAAGAGGCUUAACGUUACCUAAACUAGAGACUAGACAUAAAGCCUUCAGUUUUCAAAAUCUUUCUGGUCACUAUAAAGAUCUUGGAACAGCAAAUGAUUAAAUGUCAGUUCCCCUAAACCAAUAAACAUUUAUACUAGAUUUUUUAUUUCUACUUAUCAUUAAUGAUUUGAUGUUGGAUUUCAGGAUACCUUGUAUGUCUUAAUUUAUUUUAAAUAUUUAUUUUGAAUGAGUUUGAUAGAAAACUAGUAGAAAAGUAUAGAAAAUUUGACUAUUAUUUAUAGAUUUCAGGUAUAUUUAUAUGUGUAAAAGAAAUUGACAAAGAAAUAUUUCAUCUGGCCUUUACUGACUCCUGUUAAAUGCAGUUUUAAAUUUAUAUCGUGACACCUACUUAAGUGCCUGACACAGUAGGUAUUCAAUAAAAAUUUACUGAAUUAAAGGAUUAAAUUA